CUUUCAUGGAAUCAUUUUGACAAUUACGUUAAUUUGUUUACUUUCUAAAUUAAUCUCAUGUAAUCUAAAUUAAUCUUUAUCUCGCAUCUUAAUUAAAUCAUCAAUUUCUUCUGAUUACAUUAACUAACACGAAGCUUUAUAGUGAAAAUUAGGUCUACAAUAAAAAGGAUUACAUUUCAUUUUUAUUUAUCAUGGCACGAACAAAGCAACAGAUUAAACCUCCUCAAAAGGCUCGUAAAUCAGUUACCCCAUGGAAGGAGUUGAAAAGAAAAUUGGAAACCAAAAGAGGUAAAGGUAAAGGUAAAGGCCUGAAGGCAAGUACAUCUAAUGAUGAUGGUGUUAAAAGGAGACAUCGUUAUAGACCUGGUACUGUUGCCUUACGUGAGAUUCGUCGUUAUCAGAAGAGAACUGAGCUUUUAGUUCCUCGUUUACCAUUUCAACGGCUGGUUCGUGAAAUUUCCCAUCAAUAUGAAUAUGAAGACCUAAGAUUUCAAUCAGCAGCUCUUAGUGCACUUCAAGAAGCAGCCGAAGCCUAUCUUGUUCGGCUUUUUGAAGACACCCAAUUAUGUGCUAUCCAUGCGAAAAGAAUAACCAUCAUGGCUCGGGACAUGCAAUUGGCAUUACGUAUUCGAGGAGAACGGAUUGGAUAGAUACUUUAACCCCACAUAGACAAUUGGUGACGAUAGUGAUGGAUUAAUUUUUAUAUAACCAAAUCAUCAAACAAAUAUUACUCAAAAAAAACAAACCUGACAAAAAUUUUCUAUAUAUACACACACAUUAACCAACUUGUUCCAUCGCAUUGACAAUUACAUUUUUGUAACUUAAACACGUUAUUUAAUUACUUCAAAAAUGGCUUUAAGUAUCUAAUA